AUGGCUACUCUAGCCUCCCUUACAUCCGCCGCCCGCCUCCUCCUCCAGAUACCCAACACGGCUCUCGUAAACCCCUCCACCCUCCCCUCCACAACUCACGCAACACUCCAAUCCUCUGGGCCGCCUCUAGACGCCUACCUCACGCGCUCCAACACGUUCAACUUCAACAAUGUCAGCUCAGGCAGCUAUCUUGCCACUAUUCAUUGCCGAGACUACGCCUUCGAGCCACUGCGCAUCGAUAUCGCCGUCGAAGAGGCUGUUGAGGGAAGCGGGGAUAAGAAAGAGGUGAUUAGGGCGUGGCAGACGUUCCUAGGGAAUGAGUGGGAUAAUAAAGGGGAGAGUAGAGGCGAGGGCGGGAAUGGGCUUGUGGUCGAGGCUAGGCCCGUAUUGCUGAAGGACUAUUAUCAGGAAAGACAGGGCUUCUCGCCACUAUCGUUCUUGAAGAACCCUAUGAUACUCAUGGCGCUCUUCUCCAUGGUGCUCAUCUUCGGAAUGCCCAAGUUGAUGGAGAAUAUGGACCCCGAGACGAAGCAAGAAUUUGAGGAAAUGCAGAAAACCGGGGUCCUGGGAUCGGGCAAUACCAACACCGCACAGCAGUUACAGAAUUUUGAUCUCGCCUCUUGGAUGGCUGGCAAGAAGACGGAUUCAGGCAGUGUGAGUGAACGCACUCAGAGCCCAGCUGGACAGGCGAAGAAGCGAUAA